CCCCCAGCCCCCACACUCUGAUGCCAGCUCUUACGAUUUUCGCAUUCGGAGGAAGGGAUUCUGUCGCGCAAGUGGCAAGAAACAAGAGGAAACUGCCUCGACCCUCGGCCUCAGUGACGGAGGCAGAGUUUGGCCACGGAGAGCUGCUCUGGAAGAAAUAAGAAAGGGGAGGGGGGGGGGGGGUGAAACAGCACAGUGACACCGGCGAGCGAGCCUGCACUUCAUCCUCCACACCUGUGAUGCGUUGGUGCCAGCGACGGAGCCGCCACACACCGGGAUACUGAUCGCCGCGGCGCGGGCAGGAGGAUAAUGUGUUGUUGAGGGCACAGAAAGACUUGGGCGUUUACUGCUUCAGAGGACACUCUCCGGACCCCGAGAGCAGCCCGGCGUGCCCCUGUUUCUCCUCUUGCCUUCUUAAAACUUCGGUGAUCCCAAAAAAAAACCAACAGAAAAGCGCGAAGAUGCCCUUACGCGUGGGCCCCUUUGUCCGCUGCAGGCUCGGCGCCACGCUCCUCGCGCUCUGGCUCGUCUUCGCCGGCUUCACCUGCACUGGUUCCGAACACGCGGCCACGGCGACACUGCCUGCCUCCUUCUCAGAUCUGUUGCCUCACUUCCUGGUGGAGCCGGAGGACGAGUUCAUUGUGAAGAACAAGCCAGUGACACUGUCGUGCCGCUCCACCCCGGCAACACAGAUCUACUUCAAGUGCAACGGCGAGUGGGUUCACCAGGACGACCAUUUGAUUGAGCGAACAAUUGACCCAGCCACAGCGCUGCCAGUCAUGCAGGUGACAAUUGACAUCACCAGGCAGCAGGUGGAGAAGAUCUUCGGCCUGGAUGAGUACUGGUGUCAGUGUGUCGCCUGGAGCACCACCGGAACCCAGAAGAGCCAAAAAGCAUACAUCAGGAUUGCUUACCUGAGAAAGAACUUUGAGGAGGAGCCGCAGGGUAAAGAGGUGGCAUUGGACCAGGAGGUGUUGCUGCGCUGCCAUCCCCCCGAGGGAGUGCCACAAGCCGAGGUGGAGUGGCAGCGAAACGAGGAUGUGAUCGACCCAGCGAGCGACCCCAAUUUUUUCAUCACGGCUGACCAUAAUCUCGUCAUCAAAAAGGCCCGGCUGGCGGACACGGGCAACUACACGUGUGUGGCCAAAAACAUCGUGGCUCGGCGAAAAAGCACCUCUGCCACGGUCCUGGUCUAUGUCAACGGCGGCUGGUCCACAUGGACCACCUGGUCGUCCUGCAGUGCCGUGUGUGGGCGUGGCUGGCAGAAGAGGAGUCGGAGCUGCACCAACCCCACGCCACUGAACGGAGGCACAUCCUGUGAGGGGCAGAGCGUCCAGAAAAGUGCCUGCGUGGCCACCUGUCCAGUGGAUGGAGGCUGGAGCGAGUGGAGCAAGUGGUCUGCGUGUGGCGCUGACUGUUCGACGUGGCGGAGCAGGGAGUGCACCCAGCCCUCACCUGGCACCGGGGGCAAAGACUGCCAGGGGCUCGACCUCCAGUCUCUCAACUGUACUAGCGAGCAGUGCCCACAGACGGUGGGCGGGGCCGAGGACGUGGCGCUCUACGUGGGCAUGGUGGCGGUGGCCCUGUGUCUGACACUGCUGCUCAUCGUGGUCGUCCUGGUUUACCGGCGCAAGAAGGAGGGCCUGGAUGCCGAUGUGACCGACUCCUCGAUCCUCACCACUGGCUUCCAGCCCAUGGGCAUCAAGCCCAGCAAGCCAGGUGUGUGGGCACCGCGGCCACGCAGGCCCCCUCCCCACAGCAAGAAUUCCCACUUGCUCACCAUCCAGCCUGAUUUAACAACCACCACCACCAGUUACCAAGGCACCCUGCGCUCUCGCCAUGACACCACCGGGAAGUUUUCCAUGACUAACGGGCCUCUGCUGGACCCACUCCCCAACGGCUCGCACACCAUGCACAAUGGCAAGCUCAACUCCGACCCUGCGGAGUUUGUGAGCCGCCUGUCCACCCAGAGCUACUUCAAAACGCUGCCCCGCGAUGUGGCCAACACCUCCUAUGGGACCUUCAACUUCCUGGGAGGGAGGCUGACGAUCCCCAACACAGGAAUCAGUCUGCUCAUUCCUCCCGAGGCCAUCCCCAGAGGAAAGAUCUAUGAGAUUUAUCUCACUGUUCAGAGGAAGGAAGAUUUAAGGUUACCCCUGGCCGGCUGCCAGACCCUGCUUAGCCCCGUUGUGAGUUGUGGCCCUCCGGGGGUGGUCCUGAGCCGGCCGGUUAUCCUCAGCAUGGACCACUGCUCUGACGCAUGCCUGGAUAACUGGGCCGUCCGCCUCAAAAAGCAGAACUACGAGGGCACUUGGGAGGAUGUCCUACUCAUGGGGGAGGAGCUGGUGUCGGAGCCCUAUUACUGCCAGCUCGAGGCCGAGACGUGCCGGCUCUUCUCCGAGCAGCUGGGCACCUUCGCCCUGGUGGGAGAGUCCCUGCACAUGGGCGCCGCCAAGCGCCUGAGGCUGGUGCUCUUCUCCGACGCCUACUGCUCCACACUGGAGUACAACAUCAGGGUGUACUGCAUGGACGACACGCAGGACGUCUUCAAGGAGGUGAUGCAGAUGGAGCGGCAGCUCGGGGGUCGGCUGAUUGACGAGCCUCACGUCCUCCUUUUCAAAGACAGCUACCACAACCUGCGCUUGUCCAUCCACGACAUGCCCCAAGCGCACUGGAGGAGCAAGCUGCUAGCCGGCUACCAGGAGAUCCCGUUCUACCACAUCUGGAACGGUUCCCAGCGGUACCUGCACUGCACGUUCACUCUGGAGCGGCUCAGCCUCAGCACCUGCGAGCUCACCUGCCAGCUGUGUGUGUGGCAGGUGGAGGGGGAGGGACAGAGCUUUGGCCUUGACUUUAACAUUGCCAAGGACACCCGAGCUGUGGACUCUGAGUUCCUGUUGAUGGACAGUAACGCCACGGCUCUGGCAGGGCCCAGCGCCUUUCAGAUCCCGUACCUCAUCAGGCAGAAAAUCUGCGGCAGCCUGGAUGCCCCCUGUCCCAACGGAGCCGACUGGAGAAUGCUAGCACAAAGACUUAAACUUGAGAGACACAUGAUUUUCUUUGCAUCCAAAGCGAGCCCGACCUCUGUGAUCCUGGACCUGUGGGAGGCACAACAUUUCCACAGCGGCAACAUCAACCAGCUGGCCACGGUCAUGGCUGACAUUGGCAAACAGGAAGCCAUGAUAUUUCUGGUCUCUGAUGGCGAGUGCUAACCCAGAAAAGGGAGAGAGAGAGAGAGAGACUGGUGUGGAGGGAAAAAAAAGUACACGUCAACACAAAAAAAAGAAAACCCCAACAAUACCUGCAGCAGGAAUCGGAAGAGCAGAGCUGUCCCAGUGUCCCGCUUCUUCACUAUAGAAAAUAGUGAAUUGGUUGAGACGGAUUGAGUCCCCAUUUCCCUUCGAAAUGAGUCCAAACCUUUAAAUGAGGGGAAAGGUAGAGCGGAGGUGUGUGGGGGAAUGUAUUCCUGAACUCGGUGAAUAAAUAGCCUUUAUUUUCCAUCAAAGAUUGAAGUGAAUUGAGUCCAAACCCCGCUUCUACUUUUAAAAAAAUCACCUUAAAUUAACUUCACGCCUUUUGCUCAAACAGGCCAUUUACGGCUAACAAGGAGCAAUAUGCAAACAUAAUGCUAUUACUGAUGUCCAAUAUCGCAAAUUUCAAUGAGUCAUUUCUGAACGACAGUUAUGUAUUAAAUAUCAAAUACAGGGGAUGUGACAUUUCAGGUUGAAGAGAACAAGGCGACAUAUGCAAGUGGCAGGUUUGUAACAUGACAUCAUCUCACGCUGAACACGUUUUUCAACAAGGUCGUCAGGGUCAGUGAACGUCCCACGAGUGGUUCCACUCCCACACCCAGUGACAGUGUAGAGAUGGACAUCCCCUACGUGUCGUUAUCUGUUUCUUGGUAACGCUCGCAGGCGGCUUGUUGUAGCACAUCCUGGACUUGCAGGUUUAAAAACAGAUUGUAUGUCAGAGCCCCACAAAACCUGUCUCAUCUUGUUCGUGUGAGUUGUUGUUUUUUUUUUGGUUGUUUUUUUAUAUUCCAGCCAGCAUCACUACUGUGAAUAUAACAUCUUGACAUCUUGAUUUAGCGAGAUGCUUCGCAGCCUUCUCGCUUCUAAAUCGAUAUGUGGGGUUUGGGCUCUUUUAACUUUUUUAAAGGGAAGAGUGAGUAAUAUCUCUGCUCACGUCAUACUUCAGAAGCCAUGUCUAUUUAAAGCCUGCGAUUUUGAUCCGUCCAUUUUCAAGCCUUCAUCCCCAAUCAUUUUUUGUUUUGUUGUGUUUUUCAAAUUCCACGGCUAACGAAGGAGCCAUGGGGCAGAAAGGCGUUCCAGCUGCACAUACAAGUGAAUAAGGACUGUCCAAAAAACUCAUUUCUAAAAUGACAUUUUACCCUUGAUUACAUUAAUUCUGCAGCAGUGAUGUUUAACAUAAAAAACAUGGCCACAAGCGUUAUUAUCCCCUUUGAAUGAUGCAGAACACUUUCCCCACAGAAAAUCGGCCAACAAAUUCUUUCAUAAAUCGUUACCAGAUCACUCGUGUGGAAAGGGUGAUUGUGAAGCUUUUGUUUUUAUAAUUCAUAAAGCGAUGUUGGUGGGAAUUCCAGAUGUGCUGUGUGGCAAACAGUAUUUCCACAUCACGUCGGAGAAACGCCCGUCUCUCAGAGAGAGUUGGGAGCGGCGUAUUCAUAUUUCCACGCCUCUGCUCACAAAAGGAUGCAUUGAAAUGUUUUUUUUUUUGUUCUUCUUUGUCAAAUGUUGCCAGCGUGGCAAAGAAAAAUGAUUCAGUAGAGUCUCGCAACAAACCAUAAACUGCGACUACACGUUUGGUUAUUUUAUAUAUUUUGCUAUACUUUGCAUUUAUGUACACAUUUUAUUGAUGGAUCUGUCAAAUCAGGCAACAUAAAUACAGAGUAUCUCUGAGGCCCACUGGUUCCCUAAUUAUACUUUGAGAAGGCAUCAGCAUUCCCAAUUUAGCCAUAGUUCCUCCGUCUGCCUCAGGGUUGCAUGUGAAGUUGUGUAACCAGUUGUAAAGAGAGCCCCUCUCAUCCAAUCCCCUCCCUGUCCACAGCCCAUCCCACCAGCUCCUGUGACUUCAACUGUAAACACCGACUGGAGCCUCUUUUAUGAUUGUCAGAUAUUUGGAAUGUACAUUUAUGUUUCCUCGUUGUGGGGGAGGAGGAGUAUGUGGCUCUUUUGUUUUUUUUUCUCCCUUUCAAAUUUGAGAAAUUCUUUUGUUUUUAUAUGGCAUCUCCGCACCUGCUGAAUCCUUAAGCUUCUCUUUUAUCACAUUAAACACGCCUCCUUUUAGACCUACAACACCUUUUUACAAAUCCCGGCAUCAUUUGAUGCCGCGAUACCAUGAAACAAAAUUUCCCCCUUUUUUUAUUAAUAUUACAAAACCCUUGAAUCAAGCCCCUUUCAGAUGGAAUUGUGAUACCACCUUAAAUGAAUCUUUUCAUGUUGAAAUGGAUCAUCGUCACAUGUAAUAUGUAAAUGCUUUUUCUAUACCAGCUGUGUGCGGUCACUUUGCAUACUGUAUGUGAGCAGAAUUGGUAACCAAAGUUUUAUGCGUAUCAUUUGAGGCCACUACAUCCUCAUAUUGUGUCCUUUCAUAUAUCGUUUCAGCCUUUUACCUGCAGCUGUAGUAUAGAAUAAGUCAGAGUCGCUGUCUCUUCUCAAACUGCGGACUUUGAGUCCAAAUCGUUACUUUAGCUCAUUUCCUCGCUUUUGUCUUGAGGCAAAUUAAUGCUGUUUGUUCGAGCGGUGACAUGUGUCGGUUUAUUUUAUCACUUUGUAAAGAAAUGUAAAUUAUAUUUUAAUAUAAAGCCACAAAAAAAAAAGACACUUAACUGGCGCAGCAUUUGUCAAGUCUAAACCGUGACGUGUUUGCCUAUAUACUGUUCUUUGGCGAUCUAGCAGUGAAGACUUUUUGCAGUGUUAAGGGUUUAGAGACUGUUUUACAGGAGUUUCUAUACAUAUUUUGUCCGUCCUUACAUUGCAUUCGUCUAUCUUAUUGUCAUGCUGUGAGCAUUUAAAGACGAGCUGGAAAUGCUUAUUGAAUCACUACACUGGGACUGUGCGCGGGCUAUUCGGAGGACGAGAAAAUCAGUUCUCGGACGCCGACAGGCCGGUGUUGACGCAGCACGUUUAGAGGAGCCAUGGCAGGUGUACAGUCUUGACUGUGUGUGAAAUUUUAUCACCCCUGUAGUUGUCUUGGAUGUGUUGUCUAAGCACAUUUUCAGUGAUGUAAUUCACCAGCCACCAGGACGUUCGGCAUCCAUCUUCACAUCUAAGUUGUCCAACAAGUAAGUGUGUGUGUGUGUGUGUGUGUGUGUGUGCGCGCCACCCUGUCACUCUGACUGAAUCAUUUUAGACGUCCGUACUUGUGAAUGGUUUUUCUAUUUAGUUCCUUGGUUCAAUGUUCCUUGCCUUUUCUGCAAGUCAAAAAUGCUGUAUUUAUUACAUGCCACAGCGCUUAUGCAAUUGUAUAAUCCUUUUAAUUUUUUUGUUUUGUUUUUGUUUUGUCCGUUUUUUAACCUUUUGUGUUCUUUAUCGUCAGUGUAAAUUGUUGUCAAAACUUUUGUGGCAAUAGAAAACCUUCUGCUAAGGGAGAUUUUCUGUACUCUUUGGACAAUGAUAUGGAUUUGUGGGUAGAAUUUUGGAAAUUCGUUUCUAAGUGCUUUCAAGUAUUUACUUGGCCUUAUGUAUAUAUAUCUAUCUAUGACAUUUCAGAAAGGUAUGUAUAGUAAUUCAACCUGAAAUUGUUGUAAAUAAAUUAUAUAUUGUUAAAUCAA